GCUGCACUGGAGCGGCAGAUCUUUGACUUCCUGGGCUACCAGUGGGCCCCCAUCCUAGCCAACUUCCUGCACAUCAUGGCGGUCAUCCUGGGCAUCUUUGGCACCGUGCAGUAUCGCUCCCGGUACCUCAUUCUGUAUGCAGCCUGGCUGGUGCUCUGGGUUGGCUGGAAUGCGUUUAUCAUCUGCUUCUAUCUGGAGGUUGGACAGCUGUCGCAGGACCGGGACUUCAUCAUGACUUUCAACACGUCCCUGCACCGCUCCUGGUGGAUGGAGAAUGGGCCAGGCUGCCUGGUGACACCUGUUCUGAACUCCCGCCUGGCCCUGGAGGAUCACCAUGUCAUCUCUGUCACUGGCUGCCUGCUUGACUAUCCCUACAUCGAAGCCCUCAGCAGUGCCCUGCAGAUCUUCCUGGCACUGUUCGGCUUCGUGUUCGCCUGCUACGUGAGCAAAGUGUUCCUGGAGGAGGAGGACAGCUUUGACUUCAUCGGUGGCUUCGACUCCUACGGAUACCAGGCGCCCCAGAAGACGUCGCAUUUACAGCUGCAGCCUCUAUACAC